AUGGACACUGGAGGCAACUCGUUGACGUCAGGACCAGAUGGUGUGAAGAGAAAAGUCUGUUACUUCUACGACCCAGAAGUUGGGAACUACUACUACGGCCAAGGACACCCUAUGAAGCCUCACCGUAUCCGCAUGACACACGCUCUCCUCGCUCACUACGGUCUCCUCCAGCAUAUGCAAGUCCUCAAGCCUUUCCCUGCACGUGACCGUGACCUCUGCCGCUUCCAUGCCGAUGACUACGUCUCCUUUCUACGCAGCAUAACGCCUGAGACGCAGCAGGAUCAGAUUCGUCAGCUUAAGAGGUUUAAUGUUGGUGAAGACUGUCCUGUCUUUGAUGGUCUUUAUUCGUUUUGUCAGACUUAUGCUGGGGGAUCUGUUGGUGGAGCUGUUAAGCUUAAUCAUGGGCUUUGUGAUAUUGCUAUUAACUGGGCUGGUGGGUUGCAUCAUGCUAAGAAGUGUGAGGCUUCUGGCUUCUGCUAUGUUAAUGAUAUCGUUCUAGCUAUUCUUGAGCUGCUUAAGCAGCAUGAGCGUGUUCUCUAUGUUGAUAUCGAUAUUCACCAUGGAGAUGGAGUGGAGGAGGCGUUUUAUGCUACUGACAGAGUCAUGACUGUCUCAUUCCAUAAAUUUGGAGAUUACUUUCCUGGUACAGGUCAUAUACAAGACAUUGGUUACGGAAGUGGGAAGUACUAUUCUCUCAACGUGCCACUUGAUGAUGGGAUCGAUGAUGAGAGCUACCAUCUGUUGUUCAAACCCAUCAUGGGGAAAGUCAUGGAAAUUUUCAAACCAGGUGCGGUGGUAUUGCAAUGCGGUGCUGAUUCGUUGUCUGGUGAUAGGUUGGGAUGUUUUAAUCUUUCCAUCAAAGGUCAUGCUGAGUGUGUGAAGUUUAUGAGAUCGUUUAAUGUUCCUUUACUGCUUUUGGGUGGUGGUGGUUACACUAUCCGUAACGUUGCCCGUUGCUGGUGCUACGAGACUGGAGUUGCACUUGGAAUUGAAGUUGAGGACAAGAUGCCGGAACAUGAGUAUUAUGAGUACUUCGGUCCAGACUAUACACUUCACGUUGCUCCAAGUAACAUGGAGAACAAGAAUUCUCGUCAGAUGCUUGAAGUGAUACGUAAUGACUUGCUCCACAAUCUCUCGAAGCUUCAGCAUGCUCCAAGUGUUCCGUUUCAGGAAAGGCCACCUGAUACUGAGACUCCUGAGGUGGAUGAAGAUCAAGAGGAUGGAGAUAAAAGAUGGGAUGCGGAUUCUGACAUGGAUGUAGAUGAUGAUCGCAAACCUAUACCAAGCAGAGUGAAAAGAGAAGCCGUUGAACCUGAUGGAAAAGACAAGGAUGGAGUGAUAAUAGUAAUGGAGCGGGUCAAAGCUUUGGAUGUUGGUAUGGAGGAGAGUGGAAGCACCACCAAGGUUACAGGAAUAAACUCAAUGGGAAUGGAGGAAGCAGGUGUGAAAAUGGAAGAGGAAGGCACAAACAAGUCAUCAGGGGCAGCAGAUCAAAUGUUUCCAAAAACAUAAAAAAGACUUCUUCUCCUCAUCUCCUAGUCUAUUUAAUCUUUUUAGUUUGUUAUUGAGAAUUGAAAACGUUCGUUAUGUGUAUUUAUUUCGUUGCAAUGUUUGCAUGUCUGAAUGAUCACAAAGACUGAGAUAUUCCCUUUGUUAUGUAUGAACUCUAGCAAAAAAAAUGACAUCAUAACC